AUGGCAUCUAGCAGUGCAACUAAAUCAGUUGACAAAGUUACAUUGAGGGUUAUGGUGGACAAAGAAAGGAACAAAGUUUUGUAUGCUGAGGCAGGGAAGGAUUUUAUUGAAGUUCUAUUCAGCUUCUUAACAUUGCCUUUAGGUACUGCUGUCAAAUUUGGCAGCAUUAGCUCACUAUAUCAAAGUGUGGCAAAUCUUGAUGAACAAUAUCUAUGGACUCGUACUUGCAAGGAAAUGCUACUUAGGCCAAGAAAUUCCAUGGAAAGUUAUUGUCAGAAGAUGAAACUGAAUAUCGACGACACAGAACCCAUGAAACACUUCAUCUGUGGGAACUGGGAUUGUGUUAGAAAGGAGAGAGGGAACCUUUUGAGCAUAUUUAGGAAUCAAAUGUGCAGUUGUGGUCGAGUAAUGGACAAAGUAUUUUCUCCACCGCCUCAACUGGAAAGUCUGAGAUUAGGAAGCGGGCUUGUUAAGGAAACUGCUGCAUUUAUUAUUUCCGACGAUCUUUGUGUGAUGCCUAAUGAUUUUGGAACAGUUAUACAACUACUUCAAAAGCUAGAAAUAUCUGAUAUUGACGCUAUUACAGAACAAACUGUUGAUAUCAGCAAGAAAGAGGUCAUAGAUAUUCUUAAGUUGUCCUUGGUCUCAAAGACCUCUUUGACAGACCUCAUCUUUAAAAAGAAAUAUUCUGAAGUUGUCAAUGGUCUCAAAGAUCCAAUAUGUAAGAUUGGAAAAGCGACAUCCGAAGGAGGUAGGCAGAUAUCUGUGAAAGUAGUGAGAAGAAAAUCAACUGGAGAUAUUUUGUUUGCUGAAGCAGGCGAUGAUUUUAUUAACUUUAUUUUCAGUUUUCUAACUCUCCCCUUAGGAGGAGUGUUGCAUAUGCUUGAAGGUUUCUCUUCUCUAAACAGCAUCGAUAAUUUAUACAAAAGCUUGACUGAGUUGAGUUCCGAAUGUUAUUUAAUCUUGAAACAUCUUAAAGAGAAGCUAAUUAGCCCUCCCAUUGCUGCACAAUUUGGGUUUGACAACCAAAUAAUUCCAAUUGGAGUAGCUUCCUCACCUGUCUAUUAUUGUCAUUCGUACAUUCAUAUUGGUCAGUAUACUCGCGCACUAACUGCUUCAAACACGCAUAUUGUCCGUUAUCCUGCUGAAAAGUUUGUACUUUUAAAUUUGGUUGAUCCUAAGCUAUCUGCUUCAAACGCAUCAAGUCGUGGAGAAUUUGCAAAAGGGCCAUCAGUAUACAUGGUGACAGUUGACUUGGCUAUUACUCCAAUGUCAUCCUUCACUGCUAUAUCACAUUUAAAUAGUUCAAAUGUUUCUCUAAAUGAUGUGGAAGAAAGGGUUGUUAGAAUUGGUCAGAAGGAGGGUCUCUGCAUUCUAAAAGCUUGGAUGAAUUCAACGUCUGGAAUGACAAAUGGGCUAAACCAAUUCAUAACAAACAUUAAGGAGGAGAAAUGA